AUGAGGAAGCCAGGAGCACCUUUCUUCUUGUUCUUGUGUGCUUGCCUUACCCUCUUCAUCCUUCAAGCAAGACCCUCCUCAUCUCAAGCAAUUGAAGUGAAGGAUUUUGACUACCAUGAAGGGAGCGAAACUGGGCCUGGACAUUGGGGAGAGAUGAAUGAAAAUUGGGCAGCAUGUAAAGAUGGAAAGGAUCAAUCACCAAUAGAUAUAAACUCUGAAAAUAUUCAGGUUAAUCAAAGUAUUGGGAGCUUGAUAACAAGCUAUGGCAUCUCUCAUGCAAUUAUGCAUAAAAGCAGCCAUGGCAUAAUCGUCAAUUGGACAGAAGGUGCAGGUUCUCUUUCGAUUGACGGCAAGGCCUAUGUUCUUGAGCAAUGUCAUUGGCACUCACCUUCUGAGCACAAACUUUUUGGAGAAAGGUACCCGCUGGAAUUGCACAUGGUCCACCGGAGUUCAGAUGGAGACAUAGCAGUUAUCAGUAUUAUGUACCAGUUUGGUCCACCAGAUCCUUUCCUCUUUAAGCUGAUGAAGUUUGUAGCAAUACUGGUGACAAAUGAUGUGGUGCCUGCAGGGCUUGUACCACCACCACUGAUGGAGAUUGGAUGUCCUUAUUAUAGAUACAUAGGCUCUCUAACCACUCCACCUUGCACCGAAGGUGUCACAUGGAGCCUAAUUCAGGAGGUGAGAUUUGUCUCGAAAAAGCAAGUGCGCAUGCUACGGAGUGCUGUACAUGGGGAAAAUAAUGCAAGGCCGAUCCAACCAAUCAAUGGGCGCACAAUUUUUCUUUACAAGCCAUGGGCUCCGGAAGAACAUAUGAAAUAUUUUGAUCGGGAAAACUUAUGUCGCAAAUCCAGCAUCUUGAAGUGGCUGCUCUGCCACCGUCAUCACUAA